AUGAGGUUUCUGGCUUUCAGCGCCUGUUUAUUGGGCGUGACUGCUGAUGUUAUCACAUCAGACACUCACUUUUACGGCCAAAGUCCGCCUGUUUAUCCAUCGCCGGAUGGCAAAGGGACCGGAGACUGGGCAGAGGCAUACACCAAAGCAAAAGCAUUCGUCGCCAAGUUGUCACUUGAGGAAAAGUCUAACCUGACUUUCGGCAUUGCCACGACUGCCAACGGUUGCUCUGGAAAUAUUCCUGCUAUCCCACGUCUUGGGUUCCCAGGACUUUGUCUCUCGGAUGCCGGGAAUGGAGUUCGCGGUACUGAUCUAGUCAAUGGAUAUCCAGCUGGACUUAGUGUCGGUGCAAGCUUUGUUCUGCGUUCUGCUAACUAUCACAGUUGGAACCGAGAUCUUGCUUCUCAACGGGCACACUUCAUGGCCGGCGAGUUCAAAGCAAAGGGUGUCAAUGUCGCUCUUGCGCCUGUUGCUGGUCCCCUCGGCCGCGUCGCUCGAGGCGGUCGAAGCUGGGAAGGCUUCGCUAACGAUCCGUAUCUCAGUGGUGCCCUUGCUGCUGACACGGUCGUUGCAUUCAACAAACGCGGUGUCAUGACCAGCCUCAAGCAUUUCAUUACGAGCGAACAAGAGACAAAUCGGAAUCCUAUUACUGGAAGCUCCCCUCAGAUUGAGGCAGUCUCCUCGAAUGUGGAUGAUAAGACGAUGCAUGAACUCUACCUCUGGCCUUUCCAGGAUGCUAUCAAAGCAGGCUCUGUCAAUAUCAUGUGCAGUUACAACCGAGUGAACAACUCAUAUGCUUGUGCUAACAGCAAGAUGCUCAAUGGGUUGCUGAAAACGGAGCUUGGAUUCCAGGGAUUCGUGGUUACGGAUUGGUAUGCGCAACACUCCGGAGUUGGCAGUGCUCUUGCCGGUCUCGAUAUGGCCAUGCCCAUCACUUCAUUCUGGGCCAACAGUCUGACCACUGCAGUCAACAAUGGCUCCGUUCCAGUGAGUCGAUUGAAUGAUAUGGCCACUCGUAUUCUGUCUGCAUGGUACUUCCUAGGACAAGACAGUAGUUUCCCCGAGCCCGGCGUCGGCAUGCCCUACUCAGUCGCAGGCGCACACAAGAGAGUGGAAGCGAGAGACCCAGCAGCUCGCCCAGUCAUUCUACAAGGUGCCGUUGAGGGCCAUGUACUUGUCAAGAAUAACCGUGCGUUGCCUCUCAGGAAGCCCCAGGUUGUUUCUGUCUUCGGGUACUCUGCCGGAAGCUACAAAGCAUCUGUCCCAGCCUUUGGCGGAGAAAGCUCAUGGUCACUUGGCUACCAGAGUACUGAUAUAACACAAGCUCUGGUAGGCUUUGGUUUGGACGUACCGUCCUUUGGUGGGUUUGAUUCUAUCGCAAGCAACGGUACGAUUAUCAUGGGCGGUGGCUCCGGUGCAUCCACGCCCGCUUAUGUUUCCGGUCCUCUUGACGCUCUCUCAAACCGAGCCAUGACAGACAAUUCUGCUCUUUUCUGGGACAUCCAGAGUUCAAAACCUGCCGUUGUCCCCGCUUCAGAUGCUUGCUUGGUGUUUAUCAACGCAUGGGCAUCCGAGAGUUACGACAGACCUGGUGUUUACGACGACUACUCUGACAACUUGGUUAUUUCUGUUGCUGAUCAGUGCAACAACACUAUUGUCGUUAUCCACAACAAUGGAGUCCGGCUUGUGGACAAUUUUGUUGAUCAUCCUAAUGUCACUGCCAUUGUAUAUGCCCAUACACCCGGACAAGACUCGGGUGCUGCAACCGUUGCAUUACUCUAUGGCGAUGAGAAUUUCUCUGGCAAGAUGCCUUACUCUGUUCCGAAGAAUGAGAGUGACUAUGGCGCGCUUCUCGAUCCAAGUCUCCCUGAAGGUGACUAUGUGAACUACCCUCAGAGCAAUUUCUCCGAAGGCAUCUUCAUCGAUUACCGUGGGUUUGAGUCCAAGAAUAUCACACCCAGAUAUGAGUUUGGUUUCGGUCUUUCAUACACAUCGUUUGAGUACAGUUCACUAUCUGUGACCAAGACCAAGAAAGCAAACAGCGCCGCCAAAUAUCCCUCCGGUCCUAUUGAACAGGGUGGACAGGUUGAUCUGUGGGAUAUUCUUGCACAGGUUAAGUUUACAGUCAAGAACACCGGCCAAGUGAGUGGAAAGGAAGCUGCACAGCUUUAUAUCGAUACUCCUUCCGGUGUCAAGCAGCUGCGUGGCUUUGAGAAAGUCACUUUAAAUGUAGCGGAGAAAGAUACCGUCACUUUGUCCUUGACUCGUCGGGAUCUGAGUGAAUGGGAUGUUGUGGCUCAGAAGUGGGCGCUGAACAGCGGCAACAUUGGAGUUUACGUUGGUGCAAGCUCGAAGGACUUCAAGCUCCAGGGCACAUUGCACCUUUAG